AUGAGCGCCCACCUGGCCCUGCCGCCCUUCCCGGGCGCGGUGAGGUAUGGCGACUAUUACUGGCCCUCUCCAGGCAGCAUGGACAGCGCCUCGGCGGAGGAAGUGCCCGCGGCAGAUGCCCUCCCCUUCUCCGCGGCGGAGAAGACCCCUCGCCACACCGACGCCUCUCCAACUUCCUCCAGUUCUGGAACCCUCAUUCAGUACACCCCAGAUUCUGCCACAAGCCCCACCACGGAAGAUCCGUCUCCACAUCCUUCUUCGCAGAAGAUCAAGGAGGAAGGUGAAGGUGGGGUGAAGAAGGCCAAGAGCCGUACAGCCUUCUCUCAGGAGCAGCUUCAGACCCUGCACCAGCGGUUCCAGAGCCAGAAGUACCUCAGUCCCCAGCAAAUCCGGGAGCUGGGCUCAGCCCUGGGGCUCACUUACAAACAGGUGAAAACAUGGUUUCAAAACCAACGGAUGAAGUUUAAACGCUGCCAGAAGGAGAGUCAAUGGGUGGAAAAAGGAACAUACCUACCACAGAAUGGGUUUCAUCAGGCUGCCUGUCUGGAUAUGACCCCUACAUUUCACCAGGGCUUUCCUGUUGGUGCAAGCAGAAACCUUCAUGCUGUAACCAAUGUCCACCAGGCUUACAGCAGUGGCCAGACAUAUGGGAAUGGGCAGAGCCUGUACCCAUUCAUGGCUGUGGAAGAUGAUGGGUACUUUGGAAAAGGUGGGACAAGCUGCAAUACCCAGCAAACCAUGGGUUUAUUAAGCCAACAGAUGAACUUCUAUCAUGGCUACCCUACCAAUGUGGAUUAUGCCAGCCUGGAGUCAGAUGAGACCUACAGCUUCCAGAGCACCUCUGACGGCAUUGCACAGUUCUCAGGGUUUCCCAUACGGCAUCAGUACCAGGCCCCUUGGCAUCCCCUGGGGACCCAGGAUGGUUAUGAGUCUUAGGUCCAAGUAUUUUUUUUCUUCCUUCUCAGUGUUCUCUCAAUUUCUAG